AUGUCUUUCCUCACCGAGACCGCCGUACGCCGUCUGGCGACCGUCCCUCGCACCUUUGCCGUCUCGACCGUUCCCCGCGCUGCCUUCAGCUCCAGCAUCAUCCUGCAGAAGACCGCCACCGAGACCGCAAAGGACGCCGUCAAGCAGGUAGACCGCGCCGUCUCUGACAAGCUCGUCGACGGCAUCAACAUUGGCGCUACGGUCGGUAGCAAGAUCAAGGAGGCCGGCGAGGACAUCGUCCACGGCAAGGCCACCGGCAAGGCUGCCGAGCUCCGAGGUGAUGCGAAGGAGAUGGCUGGUGAAGCCAAGGGCAAGGCACAUGAGGUCGCUGGCAAGGCGAAAGGCAAGGCCGAACAGGUCAAGCAGCAGCUGUAA